UUUUAGGACGGGACAAUCACAUGCCUACAGCUGGGUCACCACUGACCUUAUGAAGUCCUGGCACAGAAAUAUGACUGAUUUACACCUUUACGCAUAGACUGCUGAUACACUAAACAGUUCAUUUUGUGCUGACGCUCUGUAGACACACACACAUACACACACACACACCGUCGCUACUUCAGGAGAGAGAGGGAGGGAGCUGCAACAGCUGAACUUGCAGCGGAGGCAGUGGAGAGAACGCAUGUGGCAAGUCUCAGCUGGUUUGCUUUGGCUGAGAGCAUGGUGCACGUAAACCCUGCUUCUCUCUCUUCCAGUGAAUGCACAGACGAUGAGAGGACGCUCGGCUAAUUGAUAGGAGAGGAUACAGCUGCUGGCUCUCAUCACAGUAUAAUUUCUGCUCGCGGUAUGGACGGGCUGCAGGCGGAAAACGCUGGAGUUGGCGGCACCGGGGAAAACGCAGAGGAGAGGUACCGCGCUCUCGCCUAUGACACCGCGCUGAGCACUCUCGUGGCAGUGGCCGUGUACGUGGUGGUCAAAGUGAGCCUGGAUGGCAUCAGACAGUGGCGGGCCAGGAUCUCGGUGUUCAUCGUGGGUUCGGGACCCGUGGGGCUGACGGCCGCGCUGGUCGCUGUCCGCUCCGGUAAGGUGCUGAAACUGACCGUGCUGGAUGAGAGGUACCGGACUGCCCUGCUGUGCCGGCCCCAGCAGAUCGCCCUGGAUCCCCGCAGCGUGAAGUUUCUGCUGGGACUCGGGGUGGACUUUGACAACAUGGAGGGCUGCUGGCACAACGAGCAUUUCUUCACCAGGAUAGGCGUGUUUCAGGAGUACAUGCUGAGCAUCCUGGAGCAGAAGAAACAGAAGGUGGACGUCAAGGUGCAGCUGGGGACCAAGUUUACAGAGGAAUACCUUCGGCGGAUCCCACGGAAUGAGUGGCCACGUGUGAUUGUAGUGGCUGAUGGGUCGUGUGGCGACUCCUGCUCGGUGCUGGGCAUCAGCUCUGACUACACUGUGGAGUCCUGCCAUGCCUAUGGAGCUAACGCAACUAUAGAGAGACUAGAUCAGAGACAGGUACCCACUCCUGAGAUCCGAGCCCACAGCCUUUACUUCGACCUGUCCGCUUACGGAGUAGAGGCCCUCCGAGAGCACCGAAAUCCCACGGCCAAACCUGGCUUCCACCUGAAGAUUUAUGGCACCUUCAGAAACCGCUACAUGGCCCUCGUCUGCCCCGCCUCUGACACCAAGAUGGUUCGCUUCCUCAGGCACACGGCCAACUCCUCUAUCAUGAAGAACAUUUUCCACCAGUCCUUCAAUGUCUACAAGACGGACAUAGAGCCUCGUCUCAACGACGUGACGCUCCAUCACAUGCAGUGCAGCCGCCGUCUUUUUGAGAUUCAGUUGUCACACAGACGCAUCAGCGCUGCCUACAUAGAGGGGGACAAUGUGGCGGUCACUGUGGAGGGGGAGGCGGCACGUGUCCUCAACUUUGACACAGGUUGUGGGGUGAAUCUAGGCAUGCGAGGUCUGGAGUCAAUGGGGACGUUCAUUUACCGGACAGCCACAGCUGUGGACCAGAAUGAUAUUCUAGAGGCACUGUCAGCUAAAAUGCAGCACUCCAGACAGGUGGCUGAGACCUUCAAGCAGACAGGCCUGGCUCAAUCAAUGUAUGAAUGAAACACGAGGACGAUCUGGUGAAUGCAUAAUGCCACCUAGAGGAAAGUGGUGGAUUAUUUGUGUUUACAGUGAAUGUUUACAAUGAAUCAUGAGUCUAAUGCUGAAGUGGACCACUAGUGGUUACACAAGGAGCUGAACAAGCCUGAGCUGUGAACAGAUGGAUAAUGGAUGUAAACAUGUGACCAUAAAUCUUCUAUGCGUAAUGGAUGGAGCGAGAGUAACCAAGACCACAUUUGGUACAAUGCAUUUGAAGCUGUUCUGGUUUUUGAGGUUGUUAAUACUGUGGCAGGAAGAGAUAUUUAAUCUGUCACUGUUGCAGUGGAACAAUAUACGUUGAACACACUGCACUUUGGGUUUCUGAGUGAAGUGUUAGAAUGCAGGGAAAAUAAAAACAUAGCCCUAAGAGAUUAGGAGUAGUUGGAAUAGAUGAAAACUCUGUGAUGCUUGUCAUUUUCAUCACUGUUGUCUUCUCUUUUUAAUAGAGAAGAAUUGACUUGAUUUGCAAAAUCUAGUUGAUUGAGCUCUCCGGGCAUCACGUCAAUGGUGCUAGAGGAAAUGAGAUGGUGCCGUAGCAUCAUCAGCUACUGAAUCAUGUAUAAAACUGUUAUUGUCCAUGAUCUGACAGAGAAACACACAUGUCUUAAGUGUUGUAAUCAAGCCUUUUGUCUUUGUGUUUGACAGCGUGGUGAUUGUUGUGCUGAUGAUGUUCUAAAGUAUUUGCUAGAGUGGCCGCUGUUUGUGUGCUGCUUUGUAAAGUAAGAUUUGUAUAUGGCGUAUUUCAAAAAGGACAGGGGCCAACUGUAUUAUCACAAAUUAUUUUUGCCGGUGUCACAUUUUGACUUGCCUUUUUAUAUUUUGCUCAAGGUGAUCUAAAAGGAAAGUAUAUCAUUAUUUCAGAUUAAGGAGAGUAGCCUAUGCUGAUUAUAAUGUCCUGCUCCUUUUGAAGUGCCAAUAAAGAUGGUGAUUUGGCAAGAGUGAUAUGGAUGGUCUUUACCCUUACAUUUAUUUUAAAAUAGAGUUUAAAUGCAAUUUAAUAAAGAGUA